AGUUGCUGUUUGCAGCGGGAAUCGUCGUUGCAGGGGUCACAUCAGCGCGCUGUCCGAAAAGUAUCAUUUUCCCCUUGCGAUCGCUAUUUGGCGUCUGCUGGUUUUGAUAGUUGUAUAGUUGUGUAUAAACUAAACAGUGGUGAUUAUGAAGAGGUGAACAAACUAGAAGGUCAGGAAAGUGAAAUUAAAUGCUGCGAAUUUUCUCCCAGUGCGGAAUAUUUGGCCUCCUGCAGUCGCGAUAAAACAGUUUGGUUCUGGCAGAUGGAUGAAGAGGAAGAUUUAACGGUGGCUUCUAUCUUACAACCCCAUACGCAGGAUGUGAAAUUUGUGAAGUGGCAUCCUUACGAGGAGUGUCUUGUUUCGUGCAGUUACGACUGUUCAAUAGUUUUUUACCGAUUAGAUGGAGAUGAGUGGAUAGUCCAACAGCGUAUUGAAAAUGCCCAUGACUCAACUGUUUGGUGUUGCGAUUUUUCAGAUGACGGCAAAGCAUUAGCUACAGUUGGUGCUGAUGGUAUUAUCAAGAUUUGGAGUAACUGUUGGAACGGCACUUCUGUGGCAACGAGCAAAUGGGAGAAAGUAAUUGAACAUCAGGUGACUAAAAGGUGGCCAUUGUAUACUGUUUCAUGGAGUAAAAUUAGUGGCCUUUUAGCUGUCGGAGGAGGGGAUAGUUUCUUAAGGAUUUUUCGAGUCCUUAGCAGCAAAGGAGCUGAAACGUUUGAAGAACUUUACUCGGUAAAAUGGCGGCGUGCGGACAUCAACUGUCUUCACUGGAACCCCAAGAAACCAGAUUAUUUAGCCGUUGGAUCUGAUGACGGUUUGGUUCAAGUACUUUGUAUGGGGGUUUGA